AUGCGUCGGCAAUGCACCAGAGUUCUGAGCGUUCGGGAGGAUCGUCGUGCGGUGUCCACGGCCUCGAAGGCUCUCUUUGGACAAAGAUGAUGUGGGCAAUCUCUAGAUCUCGUUGCGAAGUCUAGAGAUCAAUGGGUCGUCGAAUCGUCUCCAGUGGCUGUCACCUGACGGAGCAGAAAAACAGCAACUUUGUGGCUCUCCGAUGGCUAUCACUCGACGGAGAGGAGCUGAAUGGAGGUGGGGCGUGUGUCAGGGAGCUUCAUCCUCAUGUCCACGCAGCAAGAGGAGGCUCUUCAUCGCAUUUGGUACGCUCUCAGGAGGUGGCGACUUAUCUCCCGGUGGAUCGUCCUCUUCCCGACGACAACUUGUUCGUCGAUCAAUCGGAGAUGCUUUACUCGAUGGAUUCGCGAUCCUUUUAUCACGAAUCGUUCAGCAAUUUUAAUAACAAUGCUCCGCAAAUCGCGUUGACGAGAUUUUUGCCGAUGAUCUAGUGAUUCUGGUUGCUUUAUCCUUCACCAGCGAUCUGUAAGAAAGUUGUGAUAAUCAGAUAAAAAAAUAUGAAUUUAGCUCUAGAAGGAUUUGAACCCGUGCCGGUUGUCUGCCUACAUGAGAGAGAUUGACAUAGGUACUCUACUGCCCUUAUAAAAUGACGUCAUCAUGGUAUAUCUCUAUUAUAAAUAAAGGGUCCUUUAGGUAUUAAAAUUUUCGAACGCUUUUUGGGGAAGGUGUGACGUGGGUUUAGCCCCACAUUGUUUGUGCGCUGAAGUUUCGGGCGAAUAAUAUUACAUUUUGGAAGCAAGUCCCUUCUCUUGCAUGUACGACUACUCCUUGUCCCACAACCGGCUGGCCACCAGUGAUGUGGAAGGGGAGUGGUGCACAUGUGCACCUAUUGGUCCAAGCUACUCGAGCCCCUACUUGUGGCUACUCCCCGACUGCGCUUCUGACACGCUUGCGGGCCUAGCUGGCCGGCAGGUCCCCCUCAUUUUGUCUUAUUAUUAUUAUUAUUUCUUUUUCUUCAUUUAUCACAAAAGUAAGACUGUAAAAAUCACAUAAAUUCGUAUAAAAUCACAUAAUUACCCAAAAAUUCACAUUAAUCAACUGAAAACCACUUUUCACACUUUAACACAAAUAUAAGUCUAUUUAUCACGAGUUAAGGCUAAAACUAUAUUAUUUACUAAUUAUUAACUCAUGAUAAUGAAGACUUAUCAGCUCUCAUUAGACAAGGACGACAUGAACAAUCUUUAGAUUUUCUUACGAAGUCUAGAGAUCAAUGAAAUGAGUUGUCAAAUCAUCUCCGACAAUAGUCACCUAGUAGAGCGGGAAAAUGAUGACUUUGUAGUUUUCCGACGACUGUCACCUGACGUAGAGGAGCUAGAUGGUGGUGGGACAUGUGUCAAGGAGCUUCAUCCUCAAGUCCACGCAGCAAGAGGAGGCUCUUCAUCACAUUCGGUACACUCUCAAGAGGUGGUGACUUGUUUCCCGACGGAUCAUCCACUUCUCGAUGACAGCUUGUUCGUCGAUCAGUUAGAGAUACUUUUACUCGAUGGAUUCAUGACCCUUUUAUCACGAAUCGUUCAAUAAUUUUAGUAACAAUGUUCCGCGAAUCGCGUCGAUGAGAUUUUCGUUGAUGAUGGAGCAAUUCUGGCGGCUUAAUCCUUCACUGAUGAUCUGUAGGAAAGUCAUGAUUUAAUCAGAUAAAAAUACGAGUUUCGGCUCUAGUAGGAUUUGAAUUGGCGUCGGUCGUCCAUUUGUAUGAGAGAGAUUGAAAUUAGUACUCUAAUACCCUUAUAAAGUGACGUCAUCAUGGUAUAUUGCUGUUAUAACUAAGGGGUAUUUUAGGUAUUAAAAUAAAUAAAAUUAUUUUGAGAAAGGUGUGACGUGGGUUUAGUCUCACAUUGGUUGUAUGCCGAAGUUUUGGAUGAAUAUAUAGUAAUAUCAGACUUAGAAGUUAUGAGUCUCUUUCUCACGUGUACAACCACUCCUUACCCCACAGCUGGCUGGCCACUAGUGACAUGGAAGGGGAGUGGCGCACAUGUGUCCCCAUCGGUCUAUAGCCACUCGAGCCCCUGCUCGUGGCUCCCCCUAACUGCACUUCCGACCCACUUGCAGGCCCGGUUGGUCGUCGGGUCCCCCCUUUUUUCUAUAUUUUUAUUUUAAUUUCUUUUUCUUCAUUUAUCUCAAAAAUAGGAUUAUAAUAAUCAUAUAAAUUCAGAUAAAAUCACAUAAUUAACCAAAAAUUCACGUUAAUCAAUUGAAAAUCACUUUUCACAAUUUAACACAUAAUAAGAGUUUACUUAAAUCCUUGUAGUCAAAUAAUUAUCAAGAAAAGUGUGAGAGAAUCACCACUUGACUUCCUAAAAGUCGUGGGGUUAGUCUCAUAAUAUAAAUAAAAUAAGUAUAAUAAUAUAUAUUAGGACCUAAAUGGUAAAACAUUAUGAAUGUCAUAAAGAGUUGGUAACACAUGUAUAAUUUUAUUAUCUACCCAUUAAUUAGCAUCUAUAUAUAAGAUAUUAAUGCAUAAAUAUAGGUUGUUGUUUAGGGGCUGAAAACCUAACUUCAAAUAUUCCGAUGUUUGGUCGGCUUGAAUGAAACUGCAUUGAGGUUCCAUAUCAAUCUUGAUGUGUUUUGACUUGAUUCAAGCUUUGGUUUGUAGUUGAGAUUGUCGAAAAAGUGUACUCGAAGGGAAAAUCCCCUAGCCUUGGCAAAAAUAUAGAGGCCCAAGGUAAGUUUCUCCAUGUCUGAUGUAUUUUGA